AUGGACAGGUCUUGGUUGAUGGCUGAUAGAAGAACAAAGGAAUUUGAAAGAGGAGUAGAUGAAUUAUUGUUAUUUGCAUUUGAGAACGGCUGUGAUGAAAAUAAAAUAAGUUGUCCAUGUUUAAAAUGUGCACAUAGCAAGUCCUGGAGAGCUCAAACAGUGAGGUGCCAUCUUUUUCAAAAUGGUAUAGAUCAGACCUACACUCAUUGGAUAUGGCAUGGAGAGUUAAAUACCGAAAGCAAGUCUCCUGCAGAAGACACAGCUAGUUCAGAGUCGGUGGACCAAAUCCCGAUGAAACCAGAAAAUGAUGAUAUUGAUGAUGAUAUUUCUUUUGAUUCCGCUGAUGCAUUUAACCAUGUUCAAUCAGAACAUGAACCACUUUAUCCGGGGUGUGAGGGAUUUACGAAGAUGAAGGCUUUGGUAAAGUUAUAUAACUUGAAAGCAAAACACCAAGUAUCAGAUGGUUGCUUCUCUGAACUUCUAUUGUUGGUUGGUUCUAUGCUCCCGGAAGGCAACACCUUCCCUUCUUCAUUUAGUGAAGCAAAAAAAAGCUUGUGCGCUUUAGGAAUGGAGUAUGAAAAAAUUCACGUAUGUCCAAAUGAUUGUUUAUUGUAUCGUGGAGAAAAGGAUGAAGAUGAGACACGUUGUCGUGUUUGUCAAGCCUCUAGAUGGAAGUUGAACAAAAAAGGAGAAGAAUUAGAAGGGGUUCCAACAAAAGUUUUAUGGUAUUUUCCGUUGAUACCACGUUUGAGGACUUUAUUCAGUUCUGCACAAACAGCCAAGGAUUUGACUUGGCAUGACACGGAGAGAAUAAAUGAUGGUAAAUUGAGACAUCCAGCGGAUUCAAAGACAUGGAAGGAAGUCGACAGUAAGUGGCCAGAGUUUUCUUCAGAUUCUAGAAACCUCCGCUUAGCUUUAUCUUCAGAUGGGUUCAAUCCCUUUUACAGCACAAAUAUUGAUUAUUCAUGUUGGCCAGUUUUAAUGUCAAUCUACAAUCUCCCACCAUGGCUUUGUAUGAAGAGGAAGUAUAUUAUGCUAUGUUUAUUGAUAUCCGGACCACAGGAACCUGGCAAUGAUAUUGAUGUGUUCCUUCAGCCGCUCAUUGAAGAUUUACAAAAUCUAUGGACUGGAAAACAAGUUUAUGACGCAUACAAGAGGGAGUAUUUCUUGCUGCGAGGCAUUUUAUUAUGGACAAUUAGUGACAAUCCAGCCUAUGGUAACUUGUCAGGGAACAUUGUAAAAGGGUAUAAUGCGUGUCCUGUUUGCGUUGAUGGAACAAAAGCAACGAGGCUGGCUAAUUACCGUAAGUGCGUGGUCAUGAGGCAUCGGAGGUGGUUGCCCCGUGCACAUCCAUAUCGAAGGAAGAAAGAAGAUUUUGAUAACACGGUGGAAAAGGGAACUGCCCCAAUUCCAUUAACCGGGGAGGAGGUGCUUGAGAGAACAAAACAUUUAAAGGGUCAUGUCUUUGGUAAGACACAACGCCAACCUCGAUUCAAAAAAGGUGAUGUUCGACCUAUUUUUAAGAAGGUUUCUAUAUUUUUUGAACUUGAGUAUUGGAAGUUUUUGCCGGUUAGACAUGUUCUCGAUGUUAUGCACAUUGAGAAAAAUAUUUGCGAAGCUUUACUUGGUACUAUGCUUAAUAUACCCAAGAAGACAAAAGACAAGGAAUCUGUCCGGCUAGACAUGGCUGAAAUGGGAAUAAGAACGGAGCUAAGGCCAAAAACUCCCGGGAAAAAGGAGAAGUUACCAAUGGCAUCUUGGAAUUUAACUCAUUCGGAAAAAAAAGUAGUUUGCUCAUCAUUUCUAGGCAUGAAGUUGCCUGAUGGCUUCUGUUCAAAUAUUAGAAGUUUAGUUUCAAUGGAAACUCUUCGACUUACUGGAAUGAAAUCUCACGACUGCCAUAUGAUCUUGCAUCACUUGCUCCCAAUUGCGAUACGGUCGUCACUGCAAAAACAGACAUUUAAAGGAUAUAUAAGGAAUCGGGCUCGUGCAGAAGGUUGCAUUGCUGAGGCCUAUGUUGCAGAAGAAGCUGUUGAGUGUUUGGUGAACCAUGAGGAAGCGACAGUUGGGUUGCCAAAAAAUGGUAGGCAUAGGAAGGAUGCCUUUUGUAGGCCAUUAUCUGGUGCAUCAGUUAUAACUCCGAGCGACAAUGAUUUGCAUUUAGCCCAUUUAUGUGUUUUACAAAAUACGGCUGCGGUUGGGCCAUAUUUUAAUGAACACAUGUCAUUUUUGAUGACUAAAUAUCCGGCAAAUGAAAAUAAUGAAAUGUGGCUAAAGAAUAAGCAAAAUGAGACAUUCCCAGAAUGGUUUAGAGCAAAGAUUGCUUCAGAUUUGCUUGACGAAAAGGAGAUAUCACAAGAAAUAAGAUGGCUCGCAGAUGGGCCCAAUAAGGAUGUCCCUACAUACAAUGGUUACAAAAUGGAUGGGAUUACCUUUAGCACCAAAGCUCGUGAUGAUACACGUAAUGUUCAAUGCAGUGGCGUGUGUGUUCAAGCCGAUACCAUGGUUGUGCAGGGUAAGGAUCAAAUUGUUGAGCAUGCCUCACCUACAUUUUAUGGAGUGAUAAUAGGUAUAUGGGAGUUAGACUACAACAACUUUAGGAUCCCUAUUUUUCGUUGUAAUGGGAUUGAUAUGAAUAGAGGGACUAAGGUAGAUGACUUGGGUUAUACUUUGGUUAAUUUGAAUAAGUUGGGGUUUUUUAAUGAUCCAUUUGUGCUAGCGAAACACAUUAAGCAAGUAUGUUACAUAGAUGAUCCUCUUGAUAAACUAUGGUCCGUGGUGUUGAAAUUACCCGAGAAAAACUAUUAUGAGGACAAUGAUGAAGAAAAUGAGGGAUCCGUGGAAGUAGAACUUGAGAAUGAGUGCUUUGUGCCAAAUUUUCCGGAUGUUGAUUUAGACGAGGAGGACACGACUAGCUACAUGCGAGAUGUAGAUGAACUAAUUCAACUUUCAUGA